AUGUCUUUUGCCUGCGAGGGAAUCAUUGCCUCCAACUCCAAUGCCUCCAACUCCAGUGCCUCCGGCACCUCCAACAUCGCUACCAUCUCCAAGACUUCCAGCCCCUCCAGCUCCAUAGCCACCAACGCGUCCAAAUUCGAGGCCUCGCGCAGCAGGUGCUCGGGCGAGGAACGCAAGUUGCACCGCUACUCAGCCGCCAUGGCAUCUCUGAAGGAGGGCACCGUCGGCAACCCUGACCAGAAAGACACGAGCGAGCUGGAGAAGCUUGGCGAGAGUUACGCUGUGGAGAACCCCGGCGAGGUGUUUGACCAGAGCGAGUACCGCGCCCUGGGAUGGAUUCCUGCUGCCGUUAUACUCCUCACGUUGUGCUUUGCCACGGGCGUCCUGGCGAUUCCUGCCACGUUCAGCGUCCUGGGCUAUGUUCCGGGACUGCUCGUGCUCCUCGGCUUUGGGGCUCUGACGACAUGUAUAGCUCGCUGCCGUUCCCGAAACCCCUUCACGCGAGGAAAGACUAACGUGCUGUUCAAGACUAUGCUUAUAUCAUGUGGCUGGCGCUCUGUCAUUGUAGCCUGGACGCUGGCAUCGGGGGCGGGUUUUGUUGGCCUGGCGCAAGGGUUCAAGGCCCUCUCCAGUCGCAACCAAGCAUCCAGACCCUGGGAAGGGCUCACCAUCUUUACCUGGAUCGGCUUCGCCUCUCUUUUUACCGCCGUCUUCAUCAUCGUUAUCGGAGUAACGCAAGUCGACCGACCUGCUGCGGCUCCGCAGGAGGGACCGUUUGACAUUGGUGUGGUCACUAUCGGUGCCCCAGCUGUUGCACCCGGGCUCACGGCUGCGGUCAAUAUAUUCGCGGCCUUCUCAUCGACACCAACGUUCAUGCCCGUCAUUGCGGAGAUGAAAGCGCCUAGAGCUUUUAAAAAUUCCCUCUUCUCUUCUCAGAUUGUGCUCUUCAUCUGCCAUGUCACAAUGUCACUUGUCGUAUACCUCCAAGACCGUCAGUCAGGCCCACGGGCUGCCUCUGCGUCGCCUCGCCAAUGGUGUGGGCAGUUAGUCGUCCGCAUUCUCCGCCACUCCGAGCAUCUGCAGAACCGCAGUUUCACUCACUGGGAUGUAUGGCUUUACGUGUUCCGGGACGAGCUCGGUGUCCGAAGCUUUGCUGACAUGUCCGAUGCAGGGGUUCCACGAUCGGCAUCAGCUCACUCGCGUUCAUCUGCGCCGGGGCUGUCCCCUUCUUCAGCUACCUUAUCGGAUUGCAUGGCGCCCUCUGCUUGGCGCCAACGUGUAGCAUUGUUGACGCCUACGAGGCUGGCAGUGUUGGGACUCCCUUUAGCUGCACAUGAUCAGGGCUGGGACUUGGGGUGGUUGAGAUGUCGGAGAGUCCGAGCUGAGAGCGAAUGA